GGGGGCGCUUUCUGGAGGGGGUAGGGAGGAAGGAGUUGGGUUGGCCUCCCCUUUCUUGCCUUCUCCCUGGUCUGUCACGGGUGAGUAGCUGGUGAGCGGCCUGGACAGGUGUCCCUAUUACUCACCCCUUCCCAUGGUACAUUUCAUGUAUAAAUGCGCAUGGACCCUGCCUCUGGUCGAUCGCGAUGCGUCGCCGCUGCGUAGUGAAUUGCCCUGUAGGGGAUCCCCUUGUUAUAACAACUCCCUCUGGCGUCGUCAUGCUCUCAGCACCCAGCGCAUGAGUAGAUAUGGUUCGGUCAUGACCAGAUUUGAGCUUUGCAGCGUUUGGUUGCCUUAUUGCUUUGGACGGACCAACGAGAUCAGCUUUCGAUGGACGUUCGCUUCCCUCGUGCGUAUCUCAUCUUCGCGAUGGGCUGAGGCUGCUUCCUUCCUACCCCGUUCGGUUCUAGACUGCCGAUGGCUGAUGUCGUUCGGAGCAUCACUGGCCGAAUUCAGUCUUCAGCCCUGGUCCAAUCAUACGCCCAACCACCCUGAAGCCUUCCGAUCUCAGCUUCGUCGUGCACCGAACCGGUCCCAUCUAAUUCCAUAGUUUUUCUGGCCCCCUGAAUUCAUUAGUGGAUGAGUUUAACGAGUCUAUUCUUUCCUUUUACUCAGUAGUUCACUUCCGCUACCAUUCCGUCACGGAUGAUGAAGGGACAUGGAAGGGCUGUCACUGCACCGCUUCCCUUGGUUAUUCAGCGCUCAUGACGUCCACUGAAGCUCCAAAUCAUGCAUUGAAAUCGAAACCGGGGGCCCUGUCGUUCACGUCAGGGUUCUGAACCGAGGCAACUGGCCCGAUGUAUCCUCAUCUCGUUCCCCGCAUCAACUUUGACUUCCUGCGCCCGUUACUU